AUGGCAGUCAUGGGCAAAGUCGAAUCAUCGCCAGACGCUUAUAAAUACUCCGAGCACUAUCUACCUUGGCAUGCACACAUCACUGCCCUUACUGUUGCUCCCGAAGCUCGUAGGCUCGGUAUUGGUAAGAUCUUAACUGAACAACUAGAGGCAGCUGCCGAUGCCAAUCAUGCAUGGUUCAUGGAUCUCUUUGUUCGGAAAAGCAAUGAGCGGGCCAUCACAUUCUAUACGAGCCUGGGAUACAGCAUCUUCCGAGUGGUGAAAGAUUACUACGGAGACCACGCCACGGACGCUACCAAAUCUAGCGAAGAUGCGUUUGAUAUGCGCAAGUCCAUGAAGAGAGAUGCGGAGCAUGCGCAUGUCCGCGUGGACGGGGAAAGUCACGAAGUUGAUCCGGAAGAUGUGUGGUGA